ACUACAACAACAACUACACCAGCUACUACCACAACUACACCUACUACUACAACAACCACACCUAAAAUCAUUAUCGGUGACAUCAUUUCCCAUUUGGCGAGGCCUAUGUUGUUGGCGAACAGAUCUGAACAUCUUCCAUUAAUCAUAACAUCAUUUUACUUGUUUAUACCUUGUUUUGAUACUUGUAAAUAGAUUCCCUCUAAUACAUAAUUUGCGAUAAUUAAUACUAUAAUUUAUACCUGUUAAUAGUAUCAAAUGCCUUUUUAAAAUCUACAAAACAACAAUACAGACGCUUAUUAAAAUU